AGUGUAGUGAAGCACCAAGAUGGACGAUGUCCUGGAUCUGGGGGAGAAUCAGACCCGGAGAUCGGGGAUAAGGAUGGGACGUCGAGCACGACAUUCUCAAGACACCCAGCAAGAUGAAGAAAAUACUUCUCGUUCUCAGUCUGGAAAAGAGGGGCCCCCUAAACCUCUACGGCAGGGAGGAUGGGCUGAUGUCUCUUCUGGGCCUUUAAAGUCUGGGAAACGAGGAGCUGAUGAUGUAGAAGAUAGCCGACUGAAGCAGAAAUCUCUGGAUGAUGAGUCUGAUGAAGGAGGAGAUAUCCCAGUAAUUCCAGACCUGGAGGAAAUGCAGGAAGAGGAUUUAGCUCUACAAGUUGCUGCACCUCCCAGUGUGCAGGUCAAUAGAGUGAUGACCUAUAUCGACUUGGACAAGGAUCUCAUGAGACAUGCAGCCUUUCAGACGCUGGAUGGAGAUAUUGAUCUAAAACUGCUGACUAAAGUGCUCUCUCCAGAACCAGAAGUGAGAGAGGAUGAUGCACUCUGGGAUCGGGACUUACUCUACACUGAGGUGUCAUCAGAGCUGGUCACUGAGUGGGAUGUAGGAAAAGCUGAAAAAGAAGACACCACAAGGAACAGCCCAUUGGUCACCUGACAUGGAGCCUGAUCUCUGACCUUUGUGAAUAUAUUAAUAUGUACAGAUCAAAUAAACUGUUUUUU